CGUACCUUGUCAACCCUACCGCACACCAAGAUGGAUGCUCAGCAAGGCGGUUCGUCAUCGCAGACGGCCAGUUUAAUCUGGUCACAGCCCUCCUCAAGCCGGCUGCGCCUGCCAAGGACGACCUUACGCAGCCUUGGACUAGCGGCAGGCAAGGGAGUCAUCGUCGAUGGGGUUGAGGGUGGACAGGUUGUAGAUGGCCCGUCGUCCUCGUCCUCGAAGGCGUCGCCAUCGAGGUGGAUGGCAGCAGCCGUCGCUUGGCCUCUUGACCCCGUAACGGCGCCAGCACAAGCCUCUCGUAGAUCUAUUGAGCCUGCUGCGGCCGCAGGGCAAGGCUCAAUACCGCUCUGCCUGUGCAGCGAGGCAAAUCCUUCCUCGUCCAGUAUUGCAGUCAAGCUUGCGCCGGCGCCGGCAGCUGUUCCGGAAGCUUGGGAAGUCACGCUGCGUAUUCAACAGGUCGAGCAGCGAAGCAGCAGUAGCGCUGGUCAGCAUACAGCCAAGCUCGAUCGAGCAACGCGUGACCUCCUCGCUAUAUGCGCCAAGGAGCUCCUGGUGGACCUUGCCUUCCUCGUUCCCGGUCAGUCACUGCGAGUCUCAAUACAGUCUACGGACGUACUGCUACAAGCCAUCGUAGUAGGGCGCAGCGAGCUUCCCUCCUCUCUUGAAGAAGCGCAACGCUCCCUCGUUAGCAUUGGCCGCUCCACUCGCAUCAAAGUCGUCAACAGCCUCUCGCCCUCCGCUCCCUCAGAACCAGCCAGUGCUCCCUCAGCACCAACAAAACGUCUGGGCGGCCUACAUCGCGAACUCGCUCAACUCCACGAACUAGUCACUCUCCCCCUUCUACGACCCCACCUCUUCUCCCAACACGGUCUACGCCCCCCACGCGGCGUCCUCCUUCACGGCCCUCCUGGAACGGGCAAAACCAGCCUCGCACUUCAAAUCGCCUCUUCCUUCCUUCCUCCUUCUGCCAUAUUCACCAUCUCCGGUCCAGAAUUGAGCUCCUCGUAUCAUGGACGGACCGAAGCCCGGAUCAGGGGUGUCUUUAGACGUGCGAGGAGGGAGGAGAUGAGUGUGGUCAUUAUCGAUGAGAUCGAUGUGAUUGCUGGGAAUCGGGAGGGGGACGGGAGUGAUGCUGUGGGAAGUAGGGUGGUGGCCACGCUGCUUACCGAGAUUGAUGGCGUGGGGGGCGAGUACAAGAAGACGGGCAAGGGUAGGAACGGGGAAAAGGUUAUGGCUGGCGAAGGGGGAGAGAAUGAGGAGGGUAGCGAGGGAGGUAGCGAUAGUGAGGACGAGGAGGUCUCAAGCGAUGAAGACGACGAGGGCAAACCACGUCAACCACGCCCACCACCGCGCAUGGUCGUCAUUGCUGCGACCAAUCGGCCAAACUCCCUCGAUCCGGCUCUCCGUAGGCCCGGUCGCCUCGACAGGGAGAUCGAGAUCGGUGUACCGGAUGCAGCUGCCCGUCUCGACAUUCUUCAGGCGCUACUGGCCCAGACGCCUCACGACCUAAACGCGGACGACCUUCAAUCCGUGGCCGAUACGACGCAUGGCUUUGUAGGAGCCGAUCUGACUGCCCUUGUGAGGGAGGCAGGGAUGCGGGUCAUUCGCAGGGAGUUGGCUGAUGAGCACGGCCGAGAGGAGGACCAGGGCUUGGCGCUGGCUACCAACGAGAAGCUGCGCAUCAAUGGCGAUGGCAACAACGCCAGCGCAGACGCUUCCUCGCACCGUCUCCUUCUCUCAGACCUGACACACGUCAUUCCAACUCUUCGCCCCUCCUCGCUCCGGUCCGUCCUCACCCCUGCACCCCUCCCUUGGUCCUCCAUCGGCUUGGGCAGCCCCACCUCUCCCUAUUCUCUCAUCCGAUCCAGCAUCCAACAAGCCAUCGAGUGGCCUCUUCGCCACUCAGACCGUAUGCGUCGGCUAGGCAUAACGGCCCCACGCGGCGUCCUCCUGUACGGUCCUCCCGGAUGCAGCAAGACAAUGAUCGCCCGUGCAUGUGCUCAAUCCCUCUCUGGGGGAAAGGGAGGAAGUGGCAUCAAUUGGAUAGGUGUCAAAGGCCCGGAGUUAUACAGCAAGUACCUUGGAGAGACGGAGCGCUCCCUCCGUGAAGUCUUCCGCAAAGCACGCGCUGCGGCCCCGACGGUCUUGUUCUUUGACGAGAUUGACGCUCUUGCUCCUACCAACAGCGGAGGGGAGUCGGACCCCGUCGCCGAGAGGAUCCUCGCUACGUUGCUGACGGAGCUAGACUCGUUCGACUCGACGAGUUCCGGCUCGGGCAGUACGGGUCCAGGGGUAAUCGUGCUAGCGGCAACGAACAGACCGCAGUUGCUUGCCCCCUCUCUGCUUCGCCCGGGAAGGCUCGAAGUCCAUCUCUUCGUCGGUUUGCCGGACGUGACUGCUCGAAGGGACAUUCUGAGGAUCGCGACGGAGAAGAUGGCCCUUGCUCGCGAUGCAGAGGGUGCAGUGGAUCUGGACCGGCUCGCGGAGAUGACGCAAGGGUGCUCAGGAGCUGAAGUGGUAGCCAUGUGCCGUUCUGCCGGACUGGUGGCGAUGCGCGAAGCCAUGGCUGCCGAAAGCGAGGGCAAGAUGGGCCAAGGCGAGGAUGAUGUGGUGAUGCAGCGCCAUUUCGAGGAGGCCGCUGCCGGUGUGCGAAGAGGUACGGAUCGCGAGGCGUUGCGCAAGCUCGAGGCGUGGGGAAAGAGUCUGGGAACCUGAAUCAGCAGCUUAGUUCGAAGCAGACGGAGCAGGACGUGCGUUUGUUGGCAACAUAAUGAUGAUGUGAUUCAAGAGACGAACAGAAAGAAGCCCGGCGCGUAGAGAGGCUCUCAAAGAGUGAGGUGAGAUGAGCGGUAGGAAGGCCAGAGCAAGGAGUGGGAAGCCCAUAAGAGAGUGCGUGGUGGCGUGGGGAGAGGAGGGAAUCAAGAGUCGAGUCAAAGUAGUACAACGCCCGAACGCUCUGGGACGGGGUGAUGCUGCGGAAUGGAUCGAUCGUGGGGUUGGAUGAUGGUGAGAAAUUCGUGCGCCGCAGUUGGUGCAGCUUUCCUCAUGCCGGAGACCCCCCUCUACCGCUCGUCUAUCUCUCC